CAACUGCUCAACUGCGGCUGUCUGCUCCCGGCCCCGGAUUUGCGCUAAAGUCGAGAUUUGGCAUGUGACGGCAACGACAUCAUCUACUCCUCCUGCUGCUGCUGCUGCUGCUAUGCUACUAAGCUAUGGCUUACGGAAGAGGCUUGCUCCUAUCAUCGCUAUCCUCAUUGACCUCUCCCGGCUUGACUCAUUAACAAGCUGAUGUGCUUUGUUUGCUCCGCUGUCAAAUAUAUGCUGUCAAGGAUUAGCCGUCAUAGUCACUAUACGAUGUGCAGGCUAGGCGGCGCAUGAAUCUCCAAGAAGGCAUUUCAAGCCUCGUAUAAUGCUUAUCGCAAUCAGUGGUUGUCUCCUGGCAGAUAUCAGCGAGGUUGGUCGUCUCCUGGACGGCCUUGACCUGCUUCAAAUUCGCCGGCUCGCCAUUCUGCUGCAGUACCGACAUCAAUCAUGCAGCCCAGAGUCGCACAACCCAUCAUCCGUGGUCUGCUUCUAGUCAUCGCACUUCCGUACUUCCAGGUCCAUGCUCAACUACCUAGUUCAAGAACAAUCAGCAAUUGCCAGAUCGGACCAGGUCAAGCGACCACGCAAAGCACACCAAUCACGCGACUAUCCUUCAAGAUGGCCGUUGCGCCAGCACCUACUACUAUGACCAGCCCAGCCCAAGAUAAAAGCAAGGACGUAGACCCGGGCUUGGCCAUGGUGUUUUCAAUGGCCCUUGGUGAAGGCACUAACAAACUGGUUGUUGAGGUGACCAAAUUCAAUCAUACUCGAUGCGGCCGUAGCCCGACAGAUUGGUGUAUCGCACUUGCGCAUAUCAACCCACCAAAUCAUCCUCACUUCUCCCCCGGCGUACCUUGGAAUGGCCACCUGGAUACGCUUACCUUUGAGGCCCUCGCAACAGGAGACGAUGCGACUAAGCCCUCAUGGCAUUUCAGACUCACAAACAGCUGGCCGCCGUUUCUUGCUACGCUUACAUUCAUUGAUGUGCCUCAAGGUCCACCCAUGACAAAGUAUGUUCUGCUCAGGCCUCACUCAAACUGACACGCAGGGUUUUCAACCAAGUGGUAUUCUAUGAUGACUUUGCUGGGACUUCCCCACAGCACACAUUUCACGACAUUGACAUUGAUCUAUUGAAAGCGGAUGCCGCAUUCGGCAACACAGUCAAGCAUCUCGGAG